ACGUCAGAAGGUGUUUUGUUGACAUUUGUGCUGCAGUCGACAAACACUAAUCGUGCUAGCCUUUGGUUGUACUUGAUUGAGCAGCUAUCCUGCUAUCUACAUAACCGUAUCCUCUCGACUUAAGGAUCAUUUGUGAUUAAGCUAUCGAUUAUCAAUAGGCGUUUCACGAAUGGAAUGAGAAAGAAACAAUACCAGUUCAAGCACACCAUAAGGAGAGAGGGUGACUAAUAAAGUGGGAGGGUCUGGGGGUCGGGCGCAGGGGAGAAUGUGAAGCACGAUGGCGAACUUUGAAGCUUACCAGGAGUACCAGCGGAUCGAGGACUUUGAGGAGGACUCGCCGCCCGGCGAGGAGGACCUGCUGGUGCACGUGCCGGAGGGCCUUAGAGAUUCAUGGCAUCACAUAAAGAAUUUGGACAACUUCUUCACGAGAAUCUACCAUUUCCACCAGAAAAAUGGCUUUGCUUGCAUGAUGCUGUCUGAGUUCUUCGAACUGGUGCAGUUCCUGUUCGUGGUCACUUUCACCACUUUUCUCUUCAACUGCGUGGAGUACGACAUCCUCUUCGCCAACCGGGCAGUGAACCACACGACACACAGCCAGAACCCGCUGGACAGGAACAAAGUCACCCUGCCCGACGCCAUCCUGCCCGGGCAACAGUGCACUGAGAGGAUCCAGGAGAACAGCUGGAUCAUCUUCCUCCUCAUAAUGGCCGCCACCUUCUGGGUUUACCGGCUCAUCAAAGUCUUCUGCAACGUCCUCAGCUACUGGGAGAUCCGCCAGUUUUACAUCAAAGCCCUGAAGAUACGGAUGGACGAGCUGUGCAACUUCACAUGGCAGGAGGUGCAGGGCCGCCUGAUCAGCCUGCAGCGCGAGCAGCAGAUGUGCAUCCACAAGAAGGAGCUGACGGAGCUGGACAUCUACCACCGCAUCCUGCGCUUCAAGAACUACAUGGUGGCCAUGGUCAACAAGUCCCUGCUGCCCGUGCAGCUGCAGCUCCCCCUGCUGGGCGACGUGGUGUUCCUCACGCAGGGCCUCAAGUACAACUUUGAGCUCAUCCUGUUCUGGGGGCCCGGCUCGCUCUUCCAGAACAAGUGGAACCUGCACCCCAAGUACAAGCGGGCGGGGAACCGGCUGGAGCUGGCCCAGCAGCUGAGCCGGGUCAUCCUGCUGAUGGGCGUGGCCAACCUGCUGCUCUGCCCCUUCAUCCUGGUGUGGCAGGUGCUGUACGCCUUCUUCAGCUACACGGAGGUGAUCCGGCGGGAGCCGGGCAGCCUGGGCGCGCGGCGCUGGUCGCUGUACGGCCGCCUGUACCUGCGCCACUUCAACGAGCUGGACCACGAGCUGCACGGGCGCCUGGGCCGCGGCUACAAGCCCGUCUCCAAGUACAUGAACUCCUUCACCUCGCCGCUGCUGGCCGUGCUGGCCAAGAACGUGGCCUUCUUCUCCGGCUCGGUGCUGGCCGUCCUCAUCGCCCUCACCGUGUACGACGAGGACGUGCUGACCGUGCAGCACAUCCUGACCGCCAUCACCGUGCUGGGCGUGGUCAUCACCAUCACCAGGUCCUUCAUCCCGGACGAGCACAUGGUGUGGUGUCCUGAGCAGCUCCUGCAGUGUGUGCUGGCGCACAUCCACUACAUGCCCGACCACUGGAAGGGCAACGCCAACAAGAGCGAGACCCGGGACGAGAUGGCGCAGCUCUUCCAGUACAAAGCGGUCUUCAUUCUGGAAGAGCUAUUGAGUCCUAUUGUCACGCCCUUCAUCCUCAUCUUCCUCCUGCGGAACAAGUCCCUGGAGAUCAUCGACUUCUUCAGGAACUUCACCGUGGAGGUGCUGGGCGUGGGCGACAUAUGCUCAUUCGCCCAGAUGGACAUCCGUCGCCACGGCAACCCCCAGUGGAUGUCGGAGGGCCAGACGGAGGCGUCCGUCUACCAGCAGGCGGAGAACGGCAAGACGGAGCUGUCGCUCAUGCACUUCACCAUCAAGAACCCGCGCUGGCAGCCGCCGCAGGAGAGCUCCGUCUUCAUCAGCCACCUGAAGGAGAAGGUGCAGCAGGACGCCGUGGGCGGCCCCUCCGCCCAGCUGCUGCUGUCCGAGGCCCCGCUGUGCACCUCCCUGCUGUCCAGCGAGUCCGCCACGGCCGGCCCGGACAACCUCCUGGCGAGCGUGCUGGCUCACCCGGUGCUGACAUCAUCGGGCCUGCCGGGACGCGACCGUCGCUUCGUCCCGCCCAGCACGGCGGCGUCGGCGGCCGCCAGCGUCCUGGCCUCGCUGUCGGCCUCCCAGCUGCCCCCGCGACCCCGCCCCCACGGCCCGCUCCCGGCCAACCACUCCGAGAGCCCCAUGUACUGCAGCGACCGCACCGCCGUGGACAGCAUGUACGUGAGUGACUUGCGGAUCCGCAGUCAAACGAGCUCCACCCUGCACUCGGAGUUUGCCUCUGCUGAGAUGAGCCUCCACGCCAUUUACAUGCACGAGGUCCACCAGCAGAGCUCCCAGCCCCAGCGUUCAUCAGGGCAGUGGCAGGCCCCGGUGCCAAUGAGAGACCUGAGCAGCCAUGCAGGUCAGCGACUAGCAGGUGCUCAGCUGCAUCCCGUGCAUACGGGAAGCAUCUCUGUCCCCACCCCCCUGAGAGGCUGGACGGAAGAAGAAGAGGAGGAAGAGGAGGAAGAGGAGAUCAACAGUGGGUCGCCACCACGUCAGAACGUGGGGAGCAGCGGUUGAAGUGCCUUAAACAUCCUGGGGUUUUUACAACUUUUCGUUUUUUUUUUUUUUGUUGUUGUUAAUUUUUUUUCCUUGAACGUUGUGGCCUUAGAUCAUCUGUUCGAACCUUACCAGUGUUGGCUUUCGGACAAGUCUGUCGAGUGCAGUGUGCGGUCGCAGGAGACCCCUCCCCCUCCCCUCCCCCCCCGCCCUCCACGCCCCACCUCACACCCGUCCCAGAGGUGCAGCUUUUUUUUCUUCAUCCCCUUGUUUGUGAUGCCUGAGCGCUUGAGAAGCACCGCAGCUCCGGGCGAGUGCUGUUCAGCAGUGGACCCCAGUCCCCUGCACUUUCAUCUGGACCUCGGCGAAGGGCAGAAGGCAAGCACAGUGUUCCAGACGUCCUCGUGUUACACUGACAUCAGUCAGGCUCUUUCCGGGGGGCCACGGUCAGCUUUUUCCCGUUUGCUGAAAGGACGUGACGCAGUCUGCUUACCCGUGCGUCUGGGUCGUUCUUCGGACUAGCGGACUGUCGAAUCGAAGGUGUGUUCUCGCCAGAGUGAGAGAAAGCACGUCUGCCCUGCUGAGAGAGCUCAGUUUCGGCAUCCAGUGGAACAUCCUCGCUCACGGGAUCACCAGGCAGGAACCAGCACACCGCUCACCCGUACGUCUUCCACCGCUGCUCGCUUCAGCACGGUCGCUCUCCACGUGCGUGGGAUGAGGCUGACUUUGAUUUUUCACCAGGAGGAGUCGGCGAGGUCCCUUGCGUCGAACACUGCGUUUGAUGUACGCUGAGCACGAUCGUGCCGCCUGGCAUUGGAAGAACACUGCCGACCGCCCUCAGUCAGGAGGACACCAGCAGAAACCGAAUUAUCGAUAUCGACCCUUUCCUUCAGUAUCAGCAGACCUCACCUGCGGCAGCCCGCUCGUGUUCUUUGAACCCUAAACUUUAUUCUCGACUGAUGUCAAGUCAAGGUGCUGCCUAACAUGUAAAAAGUAAGAACAGUCGUUAAAAAUGUGGCGCAGCGCUCACUCAAAAUGGACCGCAAAGCAAUUUCAUUGUUCGAGACAUUGAUGAAAUGUAGACGUUGCUCUGCAUUUCCACAGUGUUGACAUUUCAAUGGUGGCCAUUGCACAACGUUCAUUUAAGCUGAGCGCUGCACCUGUUUUUCCUGCGUUCUCCCUCUUCUUUGUCAGGACACCGUUAGGUGAGGACGCGUUCCUCUACCUCAACAGAAAAUUAUGGAGCGGCUGAUGUGUACUUACGUGUGACAAAGGCCCAGCAGGGCCAGAUUUGAGGGUGUUUUAGAGUAGACAGAUUCCUACUGGACGGUGCUGUUCAUCAGGGUCGCCAGAGUACUGCUGCUAAUGGCAAUAUCAUUGUUGAGAGUAGGGUAGGUAUAACUGAUUGGAGAUUUUCAGUGUUAAUUCUUGGAUGUUGAUUUGGUCGCUGGUUUUUUUUUUUUUUUUUUUUUUGCUUGUUCUGUAUAUGCAUCAUUCACGUUUUGGUUUUUGUCAAAAGUCUCUUGGAACAAAAUCCUCCAACUGCUUCUUCAAGCUUGGGUCUGUGGAAGUUAUGAACGAAUUAGGAAUUUUGUUUGUUCAGUUUCUUCACCACGUGGUCACAGGGUGGUGAGAAGUUGCCACAGCUACCCCACACUGGGUGGCUUGUAAUGUAAAGUAAUUAAUGCCAAAGGUAUUAUUUCUAUUUUUGUAUAUUUAUUUAUUCUGCUUUAAUCCUCAUGACCAUUCAAUUCCAGCACAGCUGGCUAAUUGACUGGUUAUGGAGGCUUCGUUUCGCAACAUAUUUCUAUGCGAUUAUACUUCUGAAACCCUCUUGUCACGCACCGCACAUUUAUAACUUGAUUUGAUGUUAAUCUUCGUCUGUGACUCGAUUUGUUUUCACUUUCCAAACAGCCAAGUCCCAAGAUGACCCAAAUACAGGAGCAUAGUCCAUGUUUGCAAUGUUUUUUAUAUAUUUUUAUUUUAUUUUUUUGCAGUUCCUAAAUUGUACGGUGGCAUAUAGGACUAUGUGCAUUAGAAGGCUUGACUAUUUCUCAUUUUUAACCACAAUUUUUAUUGCUAUUGCUAAACAAAAGAAAACUUGCAGGUUUUAUGCUUCCCCCUUUGAAUACUGAAGAGUCGGGGCCUUUUAGUUUAAGGUUGUGUUAUAUUUAUGUAUCAAUUGAGCCUACAAUUAAGAUUUGGUCCCUGGAGUAUUUGUUCAGCCAUUUGUUCUCUUAGUUCAGAGAAAUGGCUAGUCCUUUAUAUCGAAUGAAAAGUCUCCAGGAAAAUCUACUUUUCCAACUGAACGAUUGGCAUCCCCCCAAAAAACGUUUAUAUAUUUCUAUUUAUAUUUCCCAAUGUAUUUAUAUGGUACAUUUGUAGAUUAAUUUAAACUUAAUGUAUUUAUACCAAAAAUUGAUUGAUGCAAUCCAGCAAUUAGAACAAAAAGACGCACCUGAGAGGUGAAUCUUUUUAUUGAGACAAACUGCUCGGCCCAGUAAACAUAGGACAUUAUCUGUUAUGGUUGGUUUGAAUUAUUGUUAUAUGUUUCAGAUUUAUCUGUUAUGAGUUAAACCACUUGGCAAUUUGUGUUCUCAUGCUUUAUGAUAUGGUGUGACUUGGAUGUCAUGGAAGUUAUUAACCAAGUGUCCCCACCCCCUGCACGCACACAAGUACUAUCGCAUCCACUGGCCCCCACUUUUCCCAAGUCAUGAAACAGCUUAACAAGCAUUUUCCCUCACGCUAUCUUUGUAUGCAUUUUAUUGGUAGUAAAGCAAUACAAAAUAGAAACGGAUGAUCAAAAAAAAAAAUCAUGAUUAUCUCUUUUCAUUUUAAUAUUAUCAUUGUACAAAGGAUCCCCUUUCAUUUUCUAUUUUUUAUGAAGCUAUAGCAAGUGUUGAUUAAGAUGUUUGUACAUAAUAUUGAAUGUAUAACCUGCCUGUAAACCACGUAGAACUGUACAGUUCUUUUCUUGUUUUGUUUAGAUUUCUGUAGUAAGCAGAGUUAAAAAUAGAGCUUACUGUGUGUUAAGCUAACAUUUACUGAGCAUUUUGCACUGAGAAAAAAAUGUAAUCAAGUAACAAAAUCUGCAUUGUGGUUGGAAGUAGCACUGGUUGCUAUGGGGUCUGCAGAACUCCACCUGGGGUGACCAGUAACCCCCUACUACGUUCAAAAAAAGAACUGAAAACCACACAGUGUUGUCUUUUUAGGAUGUAGGGAAAAAAAUGACAAUAAACCUUCAUGCAACACUACAUAAAAAGAAUAUGCGCCUCUAUUGUUGGGUAUUGCUGUUGAUAUUCAUUUGCAUUAAGUGUAUUCCGGAAGCAAAGGGUAAUUGGAAUGGGUAAAGGCAGCUAAAACGUUGUUCUCCUAUCGGAUGUGUGAUUGAUUCCACUGCUGCAUUCAUGGACGCAGAUCUCCCCCAACUUUGGGAAAACAUUAAAUGGCCUCGCCAAAUAUUACCAUGUGUAUUGGAUGCUACUAUUAGUGUCCCCCUAAAAAAUUUUUUUUUAAAUUUAUUUCCUGUUUGUUGCCGCCACUGCACCCCUAAAAAAAAAAGAGAGAUCUCUGUCCUUGCCUGCAGCCCUGUGCUUCAAAACAUGUACUGUAGAAUUGUAGAAUCUGUUUCACCUGUUUGAAGUCGUUUUGCUGAAUGCCUUAGGGAGUAGAUUAGCUUCCAUUUCAUGAUUUAUAAACCUGUGAAUGCUCCAACAAUUUAUACUUCUUAAGUUUUUUUGUUUUUUUUUUGGUGGAGGGGCUGUUAUUUUUGUGUGAAAAAAAAAAUAGCACAUUGAAGCAGUUUUUAUAUUGUUUUCAUUUUGCGGCUUUUGUAGUAAGUGUGAGUGCUGAACUAAAUGUGUUGUGGUACAAGGUGUGUGAGUGUUUGGGGGGGGGGGGGGGGGGGCUUUUCUCCAUAGUACAUGUUUCCAUUACACUCAGCAGAUGUUAUAUUAAUAGGGACAAGGCGAGGGCAAGGCUUCUGUGUACUUCCUGUGUCUAACAGCCGCACGGUUAGCAGCUCCUGUAGCAAACGGUCAGGACAGACCAGUUUGCCUUUAUCAUGGUCACCUUUAAUACAAUGCUCAUACUUCAUCCCUUAAUAAAAAUGCAAUGAAGGGUUCGCUCUCAUUAUGUAAUAUCCCAUGUUCUUUCCAGUGAAGCACGUACUGCCUUUGCGCACUUGUCGUCUCUGUAUAUGUAUACUAGCAAAAAGUGAAUCCAUUAAUCCUAAUGCAUCUCCCUGCCCAUUAUCUGUACCCACUCCGAUAUCUUCCUGUCCACUAUAAACCAGUUUAAAAAGCAAAACAACUGGUCCAAGGUGCUAAGUGCUUGGGAAUUCAUAUUUAUUUUUAAUAUAUAUAUAUAUAUGUAUAUAUAUAUAUUGUUUGUUUGUUUUAUUUAAGAUACACCUGCUGAAGACAAACCAUGCCAUUAUGACUCUGUUCGGCAGAUUCUGCUUGGUUUACACUGGUUUCAUGCAAGGACAGCUUUAUGAAACAUCUUUCAAUUGAGUUUUCUGUUGCUCAACAGAAAAAGACAAAAUCCUUUUUUUGUGUGUAUUUAAUGGAUGUAGUGUGUUGAAAGAUAUUGUAUUUGGUUUACAAUAAAAAAUGUUUUGCUUUUG